UUUGCCGAUGAUCACCCAGGAGGAGCAGAGACCAUUGUCGAUGUAGCAGGACAAGACGCUACCAAUGAUUUUGUAGAUACUGGUCACUCUGAAAAGGCUGUAGAAAUGUUAAAAGAUCUAUACAUUGGUGAAUGUUCAGAUUCUAUAAAAAGAUUUAGUAAAUCCUAUAAAGAUGAAAUCACCAAAUCAAAUAUUACACCAGUUGCACCAGAUACAACCUCUUCUUCUACUACUACUACUACUAAAACAAAUGAAUCAUCCAAUUCAUCAUCUUCUCCAUCUCCUUCUUCUCCUUCUACCUCUUCAUCUUCAUCCAAUUCAAUUUUAAAUUAUUCAAUUAUUGGAAUGAUUGUAUUAAUAGGAUCAAUUGGAAUUUAUCAUUUAUUAAAAAAGAAAUAA